GUGUGUGUGUGUGUGUGUGUGUGUGGUAUUUAUAUGUUACUUAUUCAUAACAUGCUAAACAAUAUCAGCAAGCAAAAUCAAAUGUAUUCAUCAUUCAGGGAAAAUAUUUAUCAAACGCCAGCUUUCAAUGCCACAUAGAUGAAACAAAGCUAACUACGUAGUAUCCAGUUUAGAUUUAAAUACAACAUAAACUGUACCUCACAUAAAGCAAACUGUAUCAUUGGCUUACCUCAUCAAUUGCCUCUAAGUUCCAGCCAAUCACAGUGGUCCCAGGAAAUGUAAAUGUUAGUCUAAAGUCAGAAUCAUUCACUUCAGUGAGUCCAGCGUUGGUUCAGCAUCAAACUAUGACCAUGUUUUUAGCAAUGACGAUUCUGAGUACUGCAUUGCUGAUUCAGACCCAAGAGGAUCCUCAAUCACUCUAUUUGAAAGAAGCUAAACUUGGAGAUACUGUCACUCUGGAUUGUACAGUUUUGAAAGACAAGAAUAUUAAUGAAGUGUUGAACUGGUAUAAGCAAUCUCUGGGAUUUAAUCCCCAAAUGGUAGCUAGCAGAUAUUAUACAUCAAAGAUUAAACCGUCCUUUACGUUGAGGGUCACAGUGGGAGAAGGAAGUAACUUCAAUUUGACAAUCACCAACGUUAAAAAAGAGGAUGAAGCAAAUUAUUUCUGUAAUCAAGGAAGUUACCAAAAAAACCUUUGGAAAAAUGGUGUUUUCCUGACAGUCAAAGAUCAAAAUUACCAGAGGUUUGUCUCCCAGACUGUGGUCCAACAGCCUGUGUCAGCAUCAGCUCAGCUGGGAGACCCUGUGGCUCUCCAGUGCUCUAUUACCUCCCAGAGGACGGACCCCAGUAACCAGUGCCAAGGGGAACCCAGUGUGUACUGGUUCAGAUCAGGACCAUCUCACCCUGCUGCCAUUUACAUGAAUGGAAACAGGAGUGGUGAAUGUCUGAAUAGUUCUGGGCCUCCGUCGGCUCCACAGAGCUGUGUCUACACUCUCCCGAAGAACAAUGUAGACUCCUCUGAUGCUGGGACUUACUACUGUGCCCUGGCAGCAUGCGGGGAAGUUGUGUUUGGAAAUGGAACCAAACUGGAAAUAACAGAACCGUACAUUAAUCCGGUUACGAUGGUGCUUGGAAUUCUGUUGGUUUGCUGUCUGGUUGGGAAUAUAAUCCAGUUCGUAACCAGAAAUAAAAAGCAAGUUUGUGAGCAUUGCAAAGGAAAUCCCAGUGCCUUCUACCAUGUUUCACAUGCCUCAGUGAUUCAAGAACAACAGGACGGGGAAACGGAUUCCUUGAACUACGGAGUGUUGGAGUUCUCUGGCAGAAAAACCAAAGGAAGGCAGAAGAACAGUGAAAGAACUCAGGAGUGUCUGUAUUCUGCUUUGAGAGAAACCGGCCAAGAAGUCCAUCAACCAGGUCCUAAUAUAGUUUUUAUAUAAUUCCUCAAUGUUGUGAUCCAGUUCAGGUGUGGUAAAUUGCUCAAGGUUUAAAAAGUGAAAGCUUAAGAUAAGAUAAUAAGCUCAAAUAUAACCUUAUAACCCUGGAAGGUGGUUUAUUUCAAACUAUGUAUUUUAAAUGUGGAUGAACCCUUACCCAGAUACAUUUCUAUUUUAGAGCUUAUAGAAACUUUCAGGCAUUGCUGUUUACAAAUAGAGCUAAGCAUUGUGUUAAAUGUUCACAAAAAUAACUAAACAACAUAACUAACGAAUUAGAUCAGAUACAAUUAUUUAGGGUGAAAGAAAACAUUAUGUAAAAACUAAAGAUAAUGUAAUGUAAACUGAUAUUAGUUGGAAUCGACAAAUAAAUUGUGAUCUUCACGGUAUGAGCUCCAUCCUCUAAACAACUCAGUUAGACUGACUGCUUUGUUGGAAAAGUACUGGGAAAAUAAUUGCAAAUAAUGUUAUAAAAAUAACGCUUUGAAAUGUUCAUUGUUUUUCAUUUAAAGUCAUGGCUGCCACAAUUAUGUUAAGUGAUACAGCAUGUGAUUGGUGACUAUUUACAAUAACUACAACAAUCUAGGAUGUAAUAAAGGCAGGAAAGAGAGGACCCCUAUUUUACUAGCCUGGCUAUUGCCAGACCAAGCUCGGUCGUAGAUUGCACGUUGGUCUGGGGAAGCUGUCAUUUUCUUCAGAACAAGAGGCGUGAUCAAUGGGCCUAGUUCAAAUGACUCUGUACGCAAUUGGUUGCUUGAAGUCGCUUCCCUGUCAUCAUUGUGUCAAACCAGGCAAUAGCACGCCAGGGGGAGAAGCCAGCUUGGAGGUUGGCUCCCGCAAAAACGUAUCGCAACUAGCAAGAAAUGCAUUGCUCUUCUCCAGACCCUUCUGCAGGGCGAACUCAAAUCGCCCAGCAGAAUGGGCGGGGCGACUUGAUGAGCCAUUUCAAAAUAUAUCCCUUUUUGAUAACACAAUGUGGGCGUAUCCAACCAGCUGGAAGGGUUUGACUGGUGGACGGCAUCAACUGGUAGGCUAGAGUUGAUUUUCAUAUAUCUUAACUGACAGCUCAAACUCAUGUCAAAAGUAUUUUUGGCUACUGACAUUAGGUUAUAUAUUUAUUAGGGCAGUGGUUCUCAAACCUUCUAUACAGCUUACCGCCUCAGAAAAUAUUUGUUUCCCCAAGUAGCAACAUUAUGACCAACGUUAAAAAAUAUAACAAAAUACAGUAGUGUAGGCCUGCCCUAUUUAUCUACGCACAUUUCAUGCAGGAGGUACAUUUAUACAUGGACCCUUUUCCAGAAAAGGGUCCUAUGCUCCCCGGUUUGUAUUGCUACAGGGGAACAUAGGACCCUUUUUGUGAAAAACGGGGAACAUAGGA